GAGUAUAAAACAAAAGAGCUGAAAAGAAAGAAAGCUAGGGGCGGUCUGACGCUUUUAGGCUGGAUGCUGAGGCCACCAACCGCAUCUUUUGACAGCCUUCCAUUCCAUCGAUGAUACAUCAGGCAUACUAGUCCUACACUGGAUUGAACCUCCCUGAUCACCUGAAUGAACAAUAGAAUACAAUACAAAACGAAAGAAAAGGAUAUAUUACUAGUAUAUAAAAAGGCUAAGAGGACCUUUUAUUUCUCUCUUUUUUGAACAUCAUCUCAAAGAUACCUGUUUUUGGUUUCUUUAUUUCUUUUGGUGUUUAGAGAUCUGAAACCGGAUUCUAUCUAAAUGGGUUCAUCCAGUCGAUUGUUUAACAGACAAAGAACUGUUCAUGAGAUCUUUGGAGGAGGUUUUGUGGCGGAUGUGAUACUGUGGAGGCAAAUGAAUAUUACACUUGGGAUACUUCUAGUUACUCUAUCUUCUUGGGUGGUGUUUGAGAGAUCCGGUUACACUCUUCUAUCACUUGUUUCUAGUGUUCUCCUCCUCCUUGCUGUCAUUCUCUUUCUCUGGGCCAAAUCUGCUGCAAUUCUUAAUCGACCUGCUCCACCUUUACCACGGUUUCAUCUGUCUGAAGAAACAGUGACUGAGGUUGCUUCUUUGAUCCGCACUCGCUUGAAUGCUUUGCUCUCAAUUUCCCAGGACAUUGCCUUGGGUAAGGAUACAAAGUUGUUCUUGAAGGUAGCUGCAUAUCUGUUGCUGAUAUCUGUUGUUGGUGGCUUGACUGAUUUUCUUACUCUGGGUUACGCCAGCCUUCUGAUCGUUCUGACAAUUCCAGCGCUCUAUGAGAGAUAUGAAGAUUAUCUUGAUAGAUAUGCAGGGAUGGUGUUCAAGAAAUCACACCAAUUGUAUCUGAAAGUUGAUGUUGAGUGUAUUGGCAGAGUCCAAAAUUGGAUUUUGGAGAGGCAGAAACUAAGUUGAUUAUCAUUUUUCUUCUUAUGGGAUUUGUUAUGUUUUGUGAGGUAAGGUGCCGAGGAGUGCUUAGGGUGGGCACCAUGAUCUAUGAGCUUUGGGUGUGGGAGAUUGCUCUUUUUUGUUUUGGUCCUUUUUUGAAACAAUUUCUUUCCUCUUUGUACCUUCAUUCCUAGCCGGAGUUUCUCGGCAUCAAUUGGAGCAGAAGAGACCCUGUAUAUCUCAGAAGGCAAUAUGGCUUUUUUUGCACUCAGCUACAACACUUUAAUAUAUUCUCCCUUAUUUUUAUAUUUA